CAGAGACUUUGCAAGAAAAGUCAAAUGAUCAAAACGAGUUAUGAAUUUUACAUAUUUUAAGAAAACUUCGACAUGGAACUAUAAAUUAUCUGAAUUCUACGGAAUUUUAUACGAAACUUUAAAAAACUUGAAGCCUGCUUUUGGGCUUUGUCAGUCUCUAAAUUGAUACAAUUAUUUUGAUACAUUUCCGUAAGACAUAAAAAUAGCUUUAUUGUUUACUAAAUAAGCUAUAUAAUACAUAUUCUUACAAAUCUGUUAAUAGAGUAGUAGGCUAUCCCUUUAAUUCCUAGUCCAAUAUAAAUAAAGUAGUUAAAAUGCUGCCCGCUGUUGAACAGAAGCUUAGCGAUUUGUUUCUUUAUCUGGAGGUCAAGCAGCGCGUGGUGCUCUGCUGCUUCACCCUCUUGGCCAUUAUAAACGCCUAUACGAUGCGACUGUGUCUGGACUUUUCGAUGGACCGCAUUGUCGCCGAGUGCAACGGGGUCCAGGAUAGAUUCAGUUCCGACGGAAUAGUGCUUAAUCCAAAGGCCCUGCCCAACUGGCGGCUGGAACUGGCCAUGCACCUAAACCUGACAAAAAAUCAUUUUAUAAAUAGACUAAAAGCGGGAUGGGAUCGGAAUCAGGAUAAGGUGCCCAAGAACGGUCGAAGGAACCACCGUAGAAGGAGCAGCCGGGAGAGUGUCACAUCGAAACAUUCCCCUGAACGAAUUAGCUGCUCGGAGCUGUGGUCCCUCCAAACCCAAUCAUUGGUGUUCAUGGCUUUCUAUGCCGGCUACAUGAUCACCCACGUUCCCGGCGGACUUUUAGCGGAGCGAUAUGGCGGCAAAUGGGUUCUCAGUGUGUCCAUCCUUACGUCGGCGGUGCUGACUCUCCUUACUCCGACCGCAGUGCGUAGCGGAGGUCCCUAUAUUCUGAUCGGAGUCCGUCUCAUGAUGGGGCUUUGCGAAGGUCCCUGCUUUCCCGCAGUCUGCGCUUUAUUGGCUCAAUGGGUGCCUGAGCAAGAGCGCGGAUUGAUGGCCACUUGCGUACUGAGCGGCGGAGAGAUUGGCAUCACAAUGGUUCAAUUGGUCAGCGGAUUGGUGAUGGCCGAACAGGACUGGCCUCUGGGGUUUUAUCUGGUUGGCGGUGGUGCUAUAUUCUGGUUCCUGGGUUUCACUCUUGUUUGCUAUAGCACGCCGGAUCUCUGUCCGUACAUCCAGAGCGAGGAGCGGGACUACAUCAAAAUCCACACAAGCGGUUCUCUGCUGCUGGUCGCCACUCGAGAAAGGGUGGCCAGAGAUGCCCCGGACGCAGAGGAACCCACCAGAGAGGAAGCAGACAAUGAAGACACUUUAAUGACCAACCCUCCGACAACACCUUGGCGAAGCAUGCUCACCAGCAAACCGCUGUGGGCCCUUAUCUCCGCCUCAAUUCAGCAUGAUUGGAGCAAGCAGGAUCUGCCCAAGGAGCUGCAUAUGGUGUUGGAAAAGGUACGGUCGCAUGGCAGCGGGCUGUGGGAGGAACUCGCCGCCACACUUACAGUGACAGCUCCGCACAUUGGCAAUUGGUUGGCCUCGCUGACCACGGGUCAGCUGAGUGAUUUUCUCAUUGCCCAGCAGAUCCUCAGUCGCACGCAGACCCGCCGUCUGAUGUCCUGGCUGGUCUUUAUAUGCGGAUCCAUGCACAUGGUGCAGAUGAAGAUGAAGGGCGCUCAGAUCUGGAGUAUUCUGGCCAUGGGUGCCUAUAAUGCUAGCGUCAAACCCCUGCCGCUGGACAUGAGCCCGAACUAUGCUGGAACUCUGAUGGGUAUUUCGGGUGGACUUGGAGCUCUGCCGGGCCUCCUGAUGCCCUAUCUGGAGCAGCUGGAAGAGGACUAUGCUUUGGUGGGCAGCGUGCGAGCUGCGCUCUGGAUAAUCGCCGCCAGCUACAUCUCGGGCGAUGUGCAGGACUUUAACCAACCGGAAGUGGAGCCACAAUAAGAGGACAACUGGCUUGAUAUUUGUUAUUAAUCUUAUGCUUAAACAUAAGCUAGUGGUUUCUUGUCUUAGUGGGUUCCUUAGGCAACAGAUUCUAGAUUACAUAAGUAUGUACCAUAAUACAUGACGAUUUCUAUAUGCUAUGUAGCUAUAGCUAGAGCAGCAUAAACGUAAA